AUGAUUUACAUCUACAAAUUUAGAGAACAUCCAAAUUUGACUGGACAAUUUCCAAUAUGUUCAACAUCCGAUCAAUUUCCGAAAAUUGAAAAAUUAGGAGAAGGAACUUAUGGUAUUGUAUAUAAGGCACAAAAUAGAGAAACGAACGAUGUGGUUGCAUUAAAACGUAUAAGGCUAGACAAUGAAGAGGAAGGCGUGCCAUGUACAGCGAUACGUGAAAUAUCAUUAUUAAAAGAAUUAAAGCAUCCUAAUAUAGUAAGGCUUUAUGAUGUUUUACAUACAGAAAAAAAAUUAACACUGGUAUUUGAAUAUUUGGAUUCCGAUUUAAAAAAAUUUCUGGAUAACUAUGCUGGUGAUUUAGAAAUUGUCACAAUCAAGCAAUUAAUGUAUCAACUUCUUAAAGGAAUCGCAUUUUGUCAUGAACAUCGAGUUUUACAUAGGGUGGGUGAAUUGAAAUUAGCGGAUUUUGGUUUAGCACGUGCUUUUGGAAUUCCAGUUCGAAGUUAUUCUCACGAGGUUGUGACAUUAUGGUAUAGAGCACCAGAUGUAUUAAUGGGUUCCAGACAAUAUUCAACAUCUAUCGAUGUAUGGUCGGCUGGUUGUAUAUUUGCUGGAACUCCAACAGAAGAAACAUGGCCGAGAGUUUCACAAUUACCAGAGUACAAGAGUGAUUUUCCGAUUUAUCCUCAAAUGUCACUAGAUUCACAUUUACCUAAACUUGACAAUUUGGGACUUGAUUUAUUAAGUCAAUUGAUUGAAUAUGUACCUGAAAACCGUAUUAGUGCCGAGGAUGCACUACAUCAUACAUAUUUUGAGGAAAUUCGUAGAAAGGAUCUGCUUCAGUCACAAUCACAACCAUAA